UGUACUCGUGUUUACUCGUAUCGUUUCAUACCUACUUGUGAAAAAUCAACUUGAACCAUCAAUUAAUUUUAAACAUAUUUUAAAAUGAGUGAAUCGAGUAGUGCUGAAGAAGAUACUACAUUUUAUUUUGAAAGUGAUCAUCUUGCUUUGCGUGGCCAUCCAGAUUACACAAAAAUGUUGCGCACCAUAGCAAUACUAGAAGUGCAAAGAACGCGCGUACUGAAACAGAUAGAAGAUUUGGAGAUCGCAAAAAAACGAUACAUGGAGAAUCCAGAAUUGCUGCUUGAAAAGUUGCGAAAUAAUGAAGAAAUCAUUGCGCCAAACUACAUGACCAUUGAAAAGAUACCAGAAAUAUCUACAAAUUUGGAUUUUAUGCCGGAAAAUGACGACAAAGUGAAAGAAGAACCUGAAUCGGAUUCAAAGCCAGCAACGGUGCGCGGACGUAUUGUGGAUGAGUCCAAGUCGGAAACUUUUAACCAACUAUGGUCCUGUGAAGAACAACGUCGCCUUGAGGAGCUGCUAAUCGAAUACCCAGCAGAGGCUAUUGAAAGUCGCCGAUACGCGAAAAUUGCUAAAGCACUGGGUAAUCGCACACCACAGCAGGUAUCCAGUCGUGUACAAAAGUAUUUUAAAAAAUUGCACGAUGCAGGCCUUCCCAUACCGGGACGUCGGCCGAAAAAUAGGCGUGGGGGUCAAUCGAAAGCAAAGCACUUCUUUCGACCAACUACAUUUUUUCCCGCAUUUAAUGUACCUGUACAAAUGCCGGAAGAUGACUACUCAUUUGGUGACUUACGCUCGGAAAGUUCACCAGCGCCAACAGAUAAACGCAAUACCUCCACGGAAACUCCACCGGAAGAGGGAGCCAGUGCCAUUGAGUCACUUAGCGCUGAAGAUCGUGAACGCAUGUUGAAAAUAUUGAACUUGAUAAAAGAAGAGAAAAUGAAUACGCCCGAAGGUUAUAAUCCAGAUCCUUUAGCUCGGUUGUGUGAGACAUGCUGUGUAGCUGCCAUUUCGCGUUUACAUUGGCGAUGCAACACUUGUUAUAUAUACUUAAAUCAAUGCUCCGAUUGCAUUGUGAGUCAGUUGUUGUCACAAAAAUUUGAGCAUCUGUCACACGAUGUAGUUACGGAGACUGAUACGUGACAGGCACAUUGGAAUCCAAAAGCUGUUAACAAUAUAAUUUGAUUUUGAGUACUGAACAGCCAAAAGUGUCUAAAACUAUUUUAUAGCUCAAAAUGUUUAGUAUAACAUACUCAUGUAAUGCCAUAAAGUCUGAUCGACGAACUCUCCAGUAGUAUACCGUUUUUGGUGAGAAUUCUAAUACUGAAACAAGAAUAACAGA